ACGAAUCAUUCAAUUUCCCUUGUCCAAAGCAAAAGCGAAGAAGAAGUGACCCCGAUGUCCGAAGAGACACUCCUCCCAUGAACAACAGCAAACGCAUCUCACGGACAGAGACGCGGACGACAGAGACAGGGACAGAGGGACAAAGCUUCCAUUCCCCGUUUUUGACAAAGCUUUACAAGGCCGAAAGAUGCUUCCUUUGAAGCUCGUCCGGUCUCUCGUCCUCGGCGAAGCCAUCGGCCUGUCCCGAUCCCAGAGCCGCCGCUCCCGCCGCGAGAGCUCCCUCUCCGGAGGCAGCGACGAGGAUGGGGGAAGCGACGGUGAGGUUCAAGAAAGACCCGGAUCAAGAUCGAGGAGGAGGAGGAGGAGACCAAGAACAAGAGCCGUCCCCAAAUCAAGAACCCCGCUCCUCCUCUUCCUCCCCACCAGAGAGCUCGUCACCGACACCUACAUGCUCGCCCACAUUGCCCGCGACAUGGGCAUGGACCUGCACCCCACCCCGUCGCUCUCCCACCUCGUCUUCACCUUCCCGUCGCCGUCCCCGUCCCCGUCGCCGUCGCCGUCUUCCUCUUCCACCUCCCCACUGUCCUCGUUCCCGUCCUCGUGGUCGUCCACGUCGCUCACGCCCUCCGCAUUCUUGUUCCCCAACGAUGCCGUCUCUCUCCCCUUCCCUUGUCUCUCCUCCGCCUCGCUCGCCACCCUCCGCUCCUUCGUCUCCCUCUCCAAGGGCCUCUUCAAGCUCGUGUUCGUGCGGUUGGCCCGCGCGGACGGCGAAUCGGCGCACGACGGCGUGGUGAACUGGGAUUGCUGCUCGGUCUCCCUGUUCUCGCGGGUCGGCGGCGAGAGGAUCGAGUCGAUGGAUGGGUUCUCGAGGGCUUUGGCUGGCCAUGGGUGGACCCUUUUCAAGACCCGGAAGAACCCGGAUCCGGGCGGCACCGAUGGCAACUGCAAUGGCAACAGUUCUGUGUAUUUGUUCAGGAAGGUGGAUUUGAACCGGGUCCGGAUGCAGCGGGCGGGUCGGGGCCCGGGCGAUAGGAACGUUGGUGGGGAUUGUAGAGUCAGAGAGUUGAGAUUGCCACCUCUGAAUUUUGGGAAUGCUCCGCUCAGGAUCCUGCAGUAUGUGCUUCUCAUGACUGAUGAUAUCUUCUAUCUCGCGUAGAACAGGUCCAUUUCCAUCCUCCAAAUUCCUGUGUUUGGUAAACAAAUUCUCCAGCAGAAGUCGGCCACACGUAACACAGGAGAAAGUGAACGGCGUGCAUGGCCUGUGGUGCUGACUUAUUUUGCCGGCCAUCUUUUACAUAGUUGAGGUGCUGUCUGUCGUAACAUGAAGAUGCCUUCCUUCAGCGUCUCCUCUCCUCUCUUCCUCAUACAAAAUCCUGUCAAUGUCUAUGCCCUAUAACAUCUGCAAGAAUGCAUUGGAGUUUCGUGCAAGCAUUUUUACUCGGUGAUGGCUACAGCAGCGCAAGGCUUUUGGUCAUGCGUACUUUUGACGAUCCAAGAAGCACCAAGCCAUUCUCUUUUGGAUGCUGACCUCAAUGGCAAGACGAUCAGCAAUUUUCAUAAUAUCUUGCCAAGGACAGAGGAUAGA